UCUCUGUUGCCUUUGCUGUCCUGGAACUCACUCUGUAGACCUUGAACUCUGCAAACUCAUAGAGAUCUGCUUGCCCCAGACUCUCAAGUGAUGGGAUUAAAGGCAUGUGCCAUCGCCCAGAGUAAGGGGCAUUUUCUUAAUUGCCCAUUCAUACAGGAGGGCCUAGCCCACUGUGGAUAUUGCCAUCCCUGGGACAGUAUAUCUGAGUUGUAUAAGAAAGUAGUCGAGGAAAAGCAAAAACCCCAGGAUAGCCAAAACAGUCCUGUGCAAUAAAAGAACUUCUGGAGGCAUCACACUCCCUGACUUCAAACUCUACUACAGAGCUACAGUACUGCAAACAGCCUGGUAUUGACAGAAGAACAGACAGGAGCACCAAUGGAAUUGAAUAGAAGACCCGGAUAUUAAUUCACACUCCUUCGAACACCUGAUUUUUAAUAAAGAAGCAAAAAAUAUCAAAUGGAAAAAAGAAAGCAUAUUUAACAAGUGGUGCUGACAUAACUGGAUAUCAACAUGCAGAAGAAUGAAAAUAGACCCAUAUCUAUCACUAUGCACAAAACUCAAGUCCAAAUAGAUCAAAGAUCUCAACAUAAAGCCAGCCACACUGAACUUUAUAGAAGAGAAAGUGAGAAGUACACUUGAACGCAUUGGCACAGGAGACCUCUUCCUAAAUAUAACCCCAGCAGCACAGACACAGAGAAUUAAUAAAUGGUACCUCCUGAAACUGAAAAGCUUCUGUAAAUUACAGGACAUGGUCAACAAGACAAAAUGGCAGCCUAUAGAAUGGGAAAAGAUCUUCACUAACCCCACAUCAGACGGAGGUCUGAUCUCCAAAAUAUACAAAGAAUUCAAAUUGGACACCAAAAGAACACAUAAUGCAAUAAAAAAAAAUGGAAUACAGACCUAAACAGAGAACUCUCAACAGAGGAAUCUAAAAUGGCUGAAAGACACUUAAGGAAAUUCUCAACAUCCUUAGUCAUCAGAGAAAUACAAAUCAAAACAACUCUGAGAUUCCAUCUUAAACCUGUAAGAAUAGCCAAGAUCAAAAACACUGAUGACAACUUAUGCUGGAGAGGUUGUGGGGAAAAGGGAACACUCCUGCAUUGCUGGUCGGAAUGCAAGCUGGUACAGCCCAUUUGGAUGUCAGUGUCGUGAUUUCUCAGAAUAUUAGGAAACAACCUUCCUCAAGACCCAGCUAUACCACUUUUGGAUAUAUAUCCAAAGGAUGAUCAAUUGUGCCACAAGGACAUGUGCUCAGCUAUGUUCAUAGCAGCUUUGUUUGUCAUUGCCAGAACCUGGAAACAACCUAAAUGCCCCUCGACCGAAGAAUGGAAUCCGGUUCUUCUCUCCCAGGACACCAUAGGAGGGAAUGGCUGCUGUGUCUCCACCUACUAGAUGCCAGCCAUCGGUGACAUUUGAGGAUGUGGCCGUGACUUUCACAGAUGAAGAGUGGAGGCAUCUGCUCCCUGUGCAGAGGGCGCUCUACAAGGCUGUGAUGCUGGAAAACUAUGAGAACAUCAUCUCACUGGGGCUUCCUGUUCAUCGACCUGACGUGACUCUUCCGUUUCUUCAGUUGAAGAGAAGGGCCGAGCCACGGACACAGGGGCUUCAUGGACGUGAGGAGAAAGAAUGGCCAGACAGUGUCUCUCUAGACUGGGAGCCUAAUCCUGAGAUCCUAGAUACUUCAGCGGGAACCCCGAGAGACAGCCGUAGAAGGCAAAGUCCUCUGUGCACUAAACUGAAAGCUCAGAUACUAGCAGGUGGGUUGGAACCAGCAAAGGAAAGUCCUGCAGCAGAGACUUGCAAGAAACGUCUUUCCUUGAACAGAAGCUUGCAGCGAAGGCCAGCCCCAUCCAAGAAAGCCCUCGCUAAACACCAAGACCAGGAAUGUAGUGACUGCGGGAAGACCUUCUUUGACCAUUCGUCACUCCUCCGUCACCAGAGGACUCACACUGGAGAGAAGCCCUAUGGCUGUCCUGAGUGUGCGAAGGCCUUCAGUCACAGGACCAGUCUCAGCAGACAUCUGAUGUCGCACACAGGGGAGAGCCCCUAUGAGUGCAGCACCUGUGGCAAAGCCUUCUUUGACAGGUCGUCCCUCACUGUGCAUCAGCGGGUGCACACGGGAGAGAAACCUUUCAAAUGCAGCGAGUGUGGCAAAGCCUUCUUUGACAGGUCGUCCCUUACUCGCCACCAGAGAAUCCAUACUGGGGAGAAUCCCUACGAAUGUCGGCAGUGUGGCAAAGCCUUUAGCCAGAAGAGCAUUCUCACUCGGCACCAGCUGAUCCACACUGGCAGGAAACCGUAUAAAUGCAGUGAGUGUGGAAGAGCGUUCUACGGGGUUUCCUCCCUUAACAGACACCAGAAGGCACAUGCCGGGGAGCCACACCAUCAGUGCGACGAGUGUGGCAAAGCUUUCUUCGAGCGCUCUUCUCUCACAAAGCACCAGAGGACACACACUGGAGAGAAGCCAUAUGAGUGCAGCGAGUGUGGGAAGGCCUUCGGCCAGAAGUGCCGGCUCACACUACAUCAGAGAGUUCACACAGGAGAGAAACCCUUUGAGUGUAGUGUGUGUGGAAAAGAGUUCAGCUUUAAGUCCUCAGUUAUUCAGCAUCAGAGACGUUAUGCCAAACAAGGGACAGACUGACCAGAGGAGAAGCAUUAGCUACACAAAGGGCCCUCCAUAAGCGUGCUAGGUCUCCAUGCCCUCUACAAACCCAGCAUUUGCUCCUCCUGUCUACUGUGGCUGCUGUCCUGUCCCACCUCUGCUCCACAGCGUCUGAGUAAUACCUGCUGUGCUACAGAACUAGUGUGGAGUGCAGAAGCUAAAACCCGAAUCCAGAUUCAAAAUCGUGGGCAGAAGUUGGCUGUUGCUCAGUGCUAGAAUAGUUCCUAGUAUACACAAGGCCCUGCUCCUCGACCCCAGCACUGGAGGAGGUAGCUGGAGAGACUGUCAGCUAUAGGGCAUGUGUUAGGAGGGGAGCCCACAGACAUAACUCUAUGAGAACAUCGGCCCAUUGUCACUGCACUGAACCAGAUGCAGGCUGUUACAGGAGGGGAAUGUCCCAAUUAUGGGAAAACACCAUUUUCUUCAGAAGGUUCUAUAGUUUUAGUCCCUGUGAAGCUUUUUGGCAUACAGACAUAGUUGAGCCCUAGCAUGCAGCCCUCCUGGCAGCAGUAGCAGUGCUAACACUUACUAAGAGCUUAUCCGGGGUAAACACUCAGCAGAGAAUUGUAGCAGGGCGAGAUUGAGUGAUCUCUAACGGGUGCUCUUGUUGUCUCCCAGAGGAGCACCCUGAGGUCUCAAGAGACUAAGGAAUAUAUUCUGGGUGACACAAGGUGAAGCCAGGUGUCUGAGUUACUGUUCUAUUCUGUGUAGGGUCAUGCUGACCAGAGCAACCUAUAAAAGAAUUAAUUAAUUAGUUAGGGACUUGCUUCCAGUUCCAGAGAGUGAGUCUGUGGCAGGGAGCAUGGCAAAAGAUAGGUAAGCAUGGAGCUGGAGCAGUAGCUGAGAGCUUACACCUGAUCCACAGGUAGUCUGCCUCGAGAUGGGGAGACACAGACAGACACACUGGUCUUGGCACGGGCUUUGGAAAUUUCAAAGCCCAUCCUCAGUGACACACCUCCUCGAACAAAGACACACUCUGGGCUGCAGAGAUGGCUUAGUGGUUAACAUCAUUGGCUGUUCUUCCAGAGGUCAUGAGUUUCAUUCCUAGCAACCACAUGGUGGCGCACAACCAUCUGUAAUGAGAUCUGGUGCCCUCUUGUGUGCAGGCACACAUGCAGGCAGAACACGGUAUACGUAAUAAAUAAAUAAAUCCUAAAAAAAAAAAAGAUUUAUAAAAACAAAGCCACACUCCCUAAUCCGUUCUAAACACUCCACCAAGUGGAAACCAAACAUUCAAAUACAUCUGUGAGCUUCUGGGCACGAUUCUCAUUCAAAUCACCACAUUUCAUGCAAGGACACGAUCAGCUGGCCCUCGUGCUGAGAAACAGGUUCUUUUCCUUUCUGAAUUUCACAGCUGAGCACACUGAAGUUCAGGCAGAUUAGUAACACCCUAGACAGCACAAGGUGAAACCAGGUCUUUAGUAUGGGUCUGCCUUCAGUGUGUCUACUACAGUGUGUUCUUAAAUUUUGUCUAAAUUUAUAUACCUGAAUUAUCUUCUCAGCUGGAUUGUAAGCACUUGGAGGUGUGAUUUUAAAGGUCUCUGAAUCUUACUCAGUGCCUUGCAAACACAG